CUUGUAUCUGCGUAUGAGGUUGACCAUAAUGGAGAUUAUGUGUCCCAUGAAAUCAUGCACCAUCAGCGAAGGAAAAGGUCAGUGGACCAGCUGGGAACUGAUGCCCUUCACCUUCGUCUGAGAGGAUUUGGACAUGACUUCCACAUGGAUCUGAAAACAUCCAGCAACCUGGUGGCCCCUGGAUUUAUUGUGCAGACACUGGGAAAGGGACACACGAAAUCAGUGCAGACGAUGCCACGAGAGGAUUUCUGCUUUUAUCAAGGAUCCUUGAGAUCCCACAAAAACUCCUCAGUGGCUCUCUCAACCUGCCAAGGUUUGUCAGGCAUGAUACGAACCCAAGAGGCAGAUUACUUCUUGAAGCCACUUCCUUCAUACAUGAUGGGGAAGCUCAACAGCUCUGCCCAGGGUAACCAUCACCCCCACAUCCUGUAUAAGAGAUCCACGGAGCCUCUCAGGCAGAGGGGCAACGAGAUCAUGAUGAUGGAGAGGAGAUGGAAACGAGAAAAUCACCACCGCAUUCACCCUGCCAGUCACCACCUUCAUAGUGGCUCAAACCUCAAGCACUCAAACAAACAGCAUUUCUGUGGGAGACGCAAGAAAUACAUGCCCAAGCCUCCCAGUGAGGACCUGUUCAUCUUUCCUGAUGAAUAUAAGAUUUCUGUACGGCAUAAGCGCUCUCUUCUGAAAUCCCAUAGAAAUGAAGAGCUGAAUGUGGAGACAUUGGUGGUAGUUGACAAGAAGAUGAUGGAGAACCACGGUCAUGAGAAUAUCACAACCUACGUCUUGACGAUCUUCAAUAUGGUGUCUGCUUUAUUCAAAGAUGCAACCAUAGGAGGAAAUAUCAACAUUGCUAUUGUGGGGUUGAUUCUUCUAGAAGAAGAGCAGCCAGGGCUUGUGAUAAAGCACCACGCUGACCAUACCUUGAGUAGUUUCUGCCAGUGGCAGUCUGGACUGAUGGGAAAAGAUGGGACGCGCCAUGACCAUGCCAUCUUACUCACUGGACUAGAUAUCUGCUCCUGGAAGAAUGGACCCUGUGAUACUUUGGGAUUUGCGCCCAUCAGUGGAAUGUGUAGCAAAUACCGCAGUUGUACGAUUAAUGAAGACACAGGUCUUGGACUGGCCUUCACCAUUGCGCAUGAAUCUGGACACAACUUCGGCAUGGUCCAUGAUGGAGAAGGGAAUGUAUGCAAGAAGUCUGAGGGCAACAUCAUGUCGCCCACCUUGGCCGGACGAAACGGAGUCUUCUCCUGGUCAUCAUGCAGCCGCCAAUACCUGCACAAAUUUUUAAGGACUGCCCAGGCUGUUUGCCUUGCUGAUCAGCCGAAGCCUGGGAAGGAAUACAAGUAUCCAGAGAAGCUGCCGGGGGAGCUCUAUGAUGCUAACACACAGUGCAAGUGGCAGUUUGGGGAGAAAGCCAAACUCUGCAUGCUGGAUUUUAAAAAGGACAUCUGUAAAGCUCUGUGGUGUCAUCGGAUUGGACGGAAAUGUGAGACUAAAUUUAUGCCAGCAGCAGAAGGCACUGUUUGUGGGCAUGACAUGUGGUGCCGUGGAGGGCAGUGUGUGAAAUAUGGUGACAAAGGCCCUAAGCCCACCCACGGCCAUUGGUCAGACUGGUCUUCUUGGUCCCCGUGCUCCCGAACCUGUGGAGGAGGUGUCUCCCGUAGAGACCGCAGCUGCACAAAUCCCAAACCGUCCCACGGAGGAAAAUUUUGUGAGGGUUCAACUCGUACUUUGAAGCUUUGCAACAGCCAGAAAUGUCCUCAAAAUAGUCCCGACUUCCGAGCCAUGCAGUGUGCAGAAUACAACAGUAAGGAGUUCAGAGGGUGGCAUUACAAAUGGAAGCCGUACACACAAGUGGAAGAUCAGAACUUAUGCAAACUCUACUGUAUCGCUGAAGGAUUUGAUUUCUUCUUUUCUUUGUCAAAUAAAGUCAAAGAUGGGACCCCAUGCUCGGAGGAUAGCCGUAAUGUUUGUGUAGAUGGGAUAUGUGAGGUCUUCUCCAAUAAAAAACUGACUUACAAAACUAACACGACUGAUGCUCAAAACAGAUCUUCUGAGUAUUAUCAGAUGAUUACAAUUCCUGCCGGAGCCCAGACUAUCCGCAUCUAUGAAAUGAAUGCAUCUACUUCCUACAUUUCUAUACGUAAUUCCCUCAAAAGAUAUUACCUGAAUGGACACUGGACAGUGGACUGGCCAGGCCGAUACAAGUUUGCCGGCACUGCUUUCAACUACAGACGGCCCUAUAACCAGCCGGAGAGUCUGACCUCAGCUGGGCCGACCAACGAAACCUUGGUUGUUGAGCUUCUAUGUCAGGGCAGAAACCCGGGUGUUAUCUGGGAAUAUGCCAUGUCGAGAUGGAGGGGGGAGAGGAAGCUGAGUCCACAGCCCCGCUACUCAUGGGCCAUCGUCCGGUCCCAGUGUUCCGUCACCUGUGGUGGGGGACAGAUGACCACAAGAACAAGCUGCUACCAAGACCUGAGGCUUCCAGUGAAUGCAUCCUUCUGCAACCCCAAGACGCGACCUGUCACAGGGAUGGUAUCUUGUAAAGUCUCUGCCUGUCCUCCCAGGUGGUCCAUCGGGAACUGGAGUGCUUGCAGCCGGACCUGCGGCAGCGGAACGCAGAGCCGGCCCAUCCAGUGCAUGCAGAGGGCCCGCUACAGAGAGGAGCUGGUCAUGGCCAGCCUGUGUCCCCAGCCUAUGCCCGCCAGCAGACAGGCCUGCAACUCCCAGAGCUGCCCGCCUGCCUGGAGUGCUGGGCCCUGGGCCGAGUGCUCCCGAACCUGUGGGAAAGGAUGGAGGAAGCGGUCCGUGGCCUGUAAGAGCACCAAUCCAUCCUCCAGGGCACAACUUCUGCCUGAUGCAGUCUGCACCUCAGAGCCAAAACCCAGGACCCAGGAGGCCUGUCUGCAGAAACGCUGCCACAGACAUAAGAAACUGCAGUGGCUGGUGUCUGCCUGGUCCCAGUGCUCAGCUACAUGUGACAGAGGAAUACAGACACGGUUCCUGAGAUGCGCUGAGAAGUUUGUUUCUGGGAAGUACCGAGAACUGGCCUCCAAAAAGUGCUGGCAUCUGCCCAAGCCUGAGCUGGCGCUGGAGCGAGUCUGCAUCCUGUCUUCCUGCCCCAAGUACCCACUCUACUCCGCCUCAGAUCCCCCACGGGUCACCUGGGUCACCUCGCCCUGGUCUCAGUGUACAGCCAGCUGUGGGGGUGGUGUGCAGACCCGGACAGUGCAGUGCCGGGCGGGCAGCCAGCUGGUCAGUGGCUGCAGCCCCCACCAGAAGCCCAUGGGCUCCUUGGCCUGCAAUACUCACUUCUGCCCCAUCACUGAGAAGAAAGACAUCCUCUGCAAAGACUACUUCACUUGGUGCUACCUGGUGCCCCAGCAUGGUGUGUGCAACCACCGCUUCUACGGCCCGCAGUGCUGUCGGUCCUGCUCCCAGUCCAACCUGUGA